UAUAAGUAUACCACGUGGAGUAAGAGCGUAGCGCGCAAUCUGCUGCCCUUUAGCAUGUAUACUAGCUGUCCUGCGCGCCAGUUUAACGCAAGCAACAUAACCCAGAAGCCUUAAGAUGGGACAUGGAUAUAAACAUAUAAUGGUUUAGUGUGUUACUGGAGGACAGCCUAGGCACCGUCGAACUGGCGGGAGGCCAUGGAUUGGCUGUCAACAGAAGCUCGCACCAAGCCAAACAGCACAACCCGACAAACUUUGCGCUAUAGCAGUGGAACGGGCUGGGAUGUGGCAUUAGAUCCCGCGCAAACGCCGUUAGCCGGAGAGGGACCUGCUGCGGAAGCUGGUCGAUCCACAACAUCGGGGCCAACUCAGGCCGUGCAAGGAUGCCGCGGUCGCUUGCGCUGUAUUGCGGCCGCAGCUUUCAUCCAGAGGCAGUUCGCUUCAAUAUGCGAGUUCUUUCCGGAACGUCACGCCUUGUCACUCUUGUGCCAUGCCGCAGAAGAGAAAGUUGCUUACACAGCAGAGCGCUUAGCGGCCAUGGUGGAUAGCGACAAUGCUGAUGCCCCACCUGCUAAGAACCGCUCGGCUGCCAUCCUCUUCUUUGGAUUCCUCCUGCUGACCGUGAAAGGGGGACGCGGCGCAGCCUUCCUAGCCCGGGCGCUUCUCUUCUGGAGCAGUCGCUCCGGUCAUGAUCGAGCUGCUGCUGCCUCGGAGCCCCAUCGAUACGCCCUGCCUGCGGACCUGCUUCGCCGCUUCCUCGCGUGCAUCCUCGUCCUCCUCCGCCACGAAGAGUGCGGCGAGGAGGUGCUGCCCGUGCACGACGCCAUUGAGGCUGAGCUGGAGAGGAUCCAGGUGAUGCCCCGUGAUGGGUUCGAACGGGCGCGGCAGCUGAUGCAGGAGGUAAGGACGGC